UGAAUCGUUUCGAGAGGCCACCCCAGCAGAUCAACCAAUCGAAACAGGCCCUCUCGAAUAUGCUUCGACAGAGACACCCGCUUAAUACUUUCAUCCCGGGAAUGCAGAACAAUCCGAAUUCUGCGCCUCAGAAUACCAAUUAUGGACAGAUGCAGAGGAGCUUCCCCAGACAGUCUAUCAGGCAACCGCAUCCUGGAUCGAUUCAACCGAAUCAGGGAAUGUUCCCUCAGCAGUACAGCAACAUGCAGAGCGGCAUGAGCCAGCAGUACAGCAACUACGCCGCCAACCCUCAGACCAUGAUGCAGGGCAACAUGCAGGGCAACCAGCAGAUGAUGCAGGGGGCCCAGGGCAACAUGUUCGCCGGGCAACAGCAGGGAUUCGGCCAGGCCAGGCCAGCGCAGCCGGAUUACCGGCAGAUGGGACAAAAUCCGAGAGCCCCUUACAUGCAACAAGCCCCCAACGUCACCAUGAACACGAACAUGAACACCAUGGGAGCCAUGGGUGGCCAAGGGGGUCCCGCUCCGCCGUAUUCCCGUACCGCAGCUCAGACUAUGCAGCCGAACGUGCAGAAUCAGAAUCAGUUCCAGCAACAGCAGAGGAUGAGGCAGCAGAUGUUGGCCAUGCAGCAACAGCAACAGCAGCAGCAGCAGCAGGGGGGGCCGCAGGGCAACCAGCCCAGUCCGGCCCUCGUGGCGCACCUGCAGAGGCAGCAGAUGAAUCCCAAUCCUUAUCACCAGCCACCGCCGUACAAUAUGCAGUAGUUUUAUUUACGUACGCGAUUUAUUUUGAUUAUUGUACGCUUCUGCACGAGUGAACGUUAUUGUGUAUAUUUUUAUUUAUAUAAAAGGAUUAGUUUUUCUUUUGACAAAAAUUUUUGCUAUUUUAAUAUUUAAAGUAGUUUUUCUUGAGGGGACGGACCAAAAGUAGUUCAAAUGUCUCAUGCAGUAAUUUAAUUAUUGUACUCAAAUGGAUGUCAUUAUGUAUAUUUGAUAAACGAGUUGAGUUCUAUUAUACUUUUUCCAAAGUU